AUGAGACCUAUUAAGUUGAUGGGACAUGAACGUUCCCUUACCCAAGUGAAAUUUAACCGUGAAGGUGACUUGAUUUUCUCAGUUGCCAAGGAUAACGCUGCAUCUAUCUGGUACUCAUCCAACGGUGAGAGAUUAGGUACUUUAGAGGGCCAUCGUGGUACCAUCUGGUCCAUUGCUGUCGACUUGGAAACCAAGCUCUGCGCCACUGGUAGUGCUGAUUUAAGUAUCAAAUUGUGGGAUGUUUCCACAGGAGAAUGUGUGUACACUUUCGAUAUGCCUACCCCAGUCAGAAGAGUCGAAUUCUCUCCAGACAACAAGAAAUUGUUAGCAGUUACAGAUCAAGUUAUGGGACAAAUUGGUACCAUUACCAUCUUUGACAUCAACUACGAAGAUGUCUACAACCAAAACGCUGAGCCAUCAUUAGUUAUAACUACCAGAGAAGACGCAAAGAAGGUUUCCGUUGCCGCCUGGACUGCCAACGGGAAGUAUAUCAUUGCUGGCCAUGAAGAUGGUUACAUUUCCAAAUAUGAUGGUACCACCGGUGCAUUUAUAGAGACCGUACAAGCACAUGGUAUUCACAACACGGAAACCAAUUUGCUUGUCACAGACAUACAGUUAGCACCAGAAGAUCAGUCAUACUUCAUUACCGCUUGCAAGGAUAAGUGUUCUGUUUUGAUUGACGUAGAAACUUUCCAAAUAUUGAAGGUUUACAAGACUGAUGCCCCAAUGAACACUGCCGCUAUUACUUCCAAGAAGGACUUUGUUAUUCUUGGAGGUGGUCAAGAAGCCAGAAAUGUUACCACCACUGCCGAAUCUCAAGGUAAAUUCGAAGCCAGAUUUUACCACAAGAUUUUUAUUGAUGAAAUCGGUAGAGUUAAGGGACAUUUCGGUCCAUUGAAUACCAUUGCCGCUCACCCUGACGGAACUGCUUAUGCAUCUGGAGGAGAAGAUGGUUAUAUUAGAUUACAUCACUUUGACAAGAGUUAUUUUGAUUUCGAAUACGAUGCUGAAAGAACUGAAAGAGCCAUUGCUAGCGGUGCCACCUAA